AUGUAUAGACGUUUAGGCACCCUGCCUCCAAGUUUUGUAGGUAUUUUUAGAACUUCAUGGAGGAUGGAAUAUUCAGUACCGGCAACAGUUGAUCAUCCCACUAUAUAUGCAUUAUCUACUCCUGCAGGAUUGAAGUCAGCCAUAGCAGUUAUUAGGAUCUCAGGAACCAAUUCCAAGUACGUUUAUAAGAAGCUGACGCGAACUAAGAAGGCUCCUCUAUCUCAUAAAGCAUCUGUAAGAAAUCUUUAUGAUCCUACUGUUCAUAAUGAAAAGUCUCUGUUGGAUAAUGCUUUAACACUGUUUUUUGAACAACCAAAAACGUUCACAGGAGAAGAUGUGUUAGAGUUGCACGUUCAUGGUGGGAAAGCAGUAGUUUCUGGUGUAUUAAAAGCUAUUGAAUCACUUCAUGAUUUUGAGGAAGGCUAUCAGAUAAGGUAUGCACAACCGGGAGAAUUUUCUAUGAGGGGGUUUCAAAAUGGAAAGUUUGAUUUGACUCAAGUCGAGGGUGUGGGCGAUUUAAUUGAUGCAGAAACUGAGAUUCAACGUAAAAGUGCCAUAUGUAGCUUUAGAGGGGAUACUAAGGUUCGAUUCUCUAUAUGGAGGGAGAAAAUUGUGGCAAACAUCGCCCAGCUAGCUGCAGUCAUAGAUUUUGGUGAUGAUACUGAGAUAGAUGAUAUAGAGAUGAUCGUUAACGGAGUAAACAAAACCAUGUUGGAAUUAAAACAAGAUAUCGAGCAGUUUCUUCAUAAAACUCAGAAGAGUAAUAUACUAAAAAGUGGUAUUAAACUAGCUCUGCUGGGACCUCCCAAUGCGGGGAAAUCUUCGUUGCUCAACAGUAUCACAAACGAUGAAACUGCUAUUGUAAGUAAUACUCCAGGGACUACACGAGACACCAUCGAUGUUCCGCUAGAUAUUAAUGGCUACAAGAUAAUAAUAACUGAUACUGCAGGGAUUCGAUCAAAUGCAAUUGAUGAGAUAGAAGUUAUUGGUAUUAAUCGCGCAAAAUUAAAAUGCGCAAACAGCGACAUUGUAUUGUUGUUAAUAGAUCCAACUAAUAGGCAGUUGGUUUUGAAUGAUCUAAAACAGUAUAUUCGUGAACAUAUUGAUGGAAAGAAGUUUGUCAUAGUCAUAAAUAAAACUGAUCUGCUUAAUGAACAGCAGUUGAAAGAAAUCAAGACUGAUCUGUGUCUUCAAUUUGGGCCUAGUGUUUCAAUAAUGGGGGUAUCGUGCCUCGAAAAAAAGGGCAUUGACAACCUAAUACACACACUAACAGAUAUUUUCAAGGAUAUAAGCGAUUCAACAGACGAAGACCCUAUCAGUGUGUCAAAACGUGUUCAGGAAAUACUGAAGAAUGACGUACUAUACGGAAUUGACGAAUUUGUUCACUUUGCAGAAACGAAUGAUGUGGUGAUGGCAUCAGAAAGCUUGGGCUUUGCAGCUGACGGGAUUGGUAAAAUAACGGGUGAGACUGUCGGCGUUGAAGAAAUCCUAGGCGUCGUAUUUUCAAACUUCUGUGUAGGUAAAUGA